GUUUGGUGACUGCAACCAAAGCUACCGAGACACCAACAACUACCACGCAACCAUCUCCUGCGGUCCCCACGCCCGCUAACACCACAACAAUGUCUAGACCUAACCCUGCAGACAAGGUGAUCUCCACUAAAACACAAGCACCCACUGUCCCAAGCACCACCCCACCACCAUCCACUACCCUCUCGGCUGCCCCCCCUAGUGGGGGCAACGGUGCCAGUCCUCCGUCUAGUACCCCCAGCAAACCCAUGACCCCGCCCCCAGCAACGUCUGAAAAAGCUGUAUCCACCGACAGCGGCGGCGGUUUAGCGCAACCCUUCGACGCUGGCGCGCUGCAGUCAACUGGCACCCCCAAAACCUCUGGGACUCCAGCGCCUGUCACACCGCCUGCCGAUGUGAGCACAACCAAGACCGUGACGGAUGCCGCUACGUCUCAGCCAGAGGUCCCGACUCACAUCGUCACCAUCCCCAUCACCACGAGCCAAGACAGCAACAGAGGAACAGAAACAGGCUCCGGGCAGACGUCACCCAGGGCCACAGAGUCAGCUGGUAACACAGGGACCAGCAGCCCCCCACCCACCCUGACCACGGCGGGACCUCCCGCAGCGGAGACCACCAACGCUGGAACCAACGCUGGAACCACGUCACCACCGCAAACCACCACCACCACCACCACCUUUACAACCACAAGCCCCACCACCACCAUCAACGCCACAGCAGCUCAGCCAAAGACCUUUUUGUAUUCUCUAAACAACGGACCCCAGAAACAGGAGGACAAGGACCUGGCGGAGGUGUGCAAGCGGCUCCUGGUGAACCUGCAGGACGGGAACUGCACCCUGAAAUGGCAGCACCACGACAGCAAGGUCCAGUUUGACUACGUGGAGAUAAACGGCAAAGUGAAAACCAGCCUCGCGAGCCAGUAUUAUGAAGAAAUCAUCAAGAAACCAACCGAUAACAAGACCCUGAUCGCCAUCCUGGCUUCCUGCGGCGCUCUGCUGAUCAUGAUCGUCAUCCUGGCCGUGUGCGCCUCGCACCACCGCAAGCCGUACAACGAGAACCAGCAGCACCUGACGGAGGAGCUGCACACGGUGGAGAACGGCUACCACGACAACCCGACGCUGGAGGUGAUGGAGGUGCAGCCGGAGAUGCAGGAGAAGAAGACGGCGCUGAACGGCGAGUUCAACGACAGCUGGAUCGUCCCCAUCGACAACCUGCUGAAGGAGGACAUAGCCGGCGAGGAGGACACGCACCUGUAGAGACGGCCCGGGACGGAGGAAGAGGAGGUGGAGGAGGACUAGAAGAAGAAGAAGAA